AUGAAAACAAUUAGCAAGGUGUUCGGUAUACAUCCUCUCACAACUGAAGAUAUUCUAACAGAAGAAUCCCGUGAAAAAUGCGAAAUUUUCCCUAAUUACAUGUUUGUAUGCUAUCGCGCAUUCAACCAAGACCACUACAGUCCUGAUUUCCUUGAACCCGUCAAUUUCUACAACGUUGUAUUCAAACAUGGCUUGAUAUCGUUUCAUUUUGAGCCUUCCUCACACUCGCACAAUGUUCGUAAACGAGCCAGACAAUUACAGGGGUUCAUCAACGUUACCUCCGAUUGGAUCAAUUAUGCCAUCAUUGAUGAUAUAUCAGACAGCUUCGGACCGCUUAUCAAGCAAAUUGAAGUUGAAGUCGACUCCAUUGAUGACCUUGUGCUAUUGCUACGAGAAUCAGAACAAUCGGACAUGUUGCGGCGAAUAGGAUCUUGCCGAAAAAUGGUGAUGCACCUUUUGAGAUUGUUGACUUCAAAGUCCGAUGUCAUUCGAGGACUCAUCAAGCGUUCUGAGGAUAGAACAAGAGAAUACAAUAGCCGAUUCUAUGACGCAGGGAAUCCAUUAAUCAAUCUUGGUGGUUUAGCAGGCGUUCACCGAAGUGGAACAGCGACACCAACACAACUCGCUCCCAGUGCUGUUCCAAGGGAAGGCGCGUUCAAAUUCAUGCCAACCAGCUCCGAGUAUACAGGCCACCCUGAAGAAGAAGACAAGCACUAUAAUCCGGAUGUGACAAUGUACUUUGGGGAUAUUCAAGAUCAUAUUGUUACCAUGCUACAAAAUUUAAACCAUUAUGAGACUAUCUUAUCAAGAGCUCACAGCAAUUACCUUGCACAAAUAUCCAUAGAACUGACACAAACCUCCAAUUCUUUCAACCAAACUGUUUCAAGAUUAACGGUGUUUGCAACCGUUUUAGUGCCUAUGAACAUUAUAACGGGUUUAUUCGGAAUGAAUGUUAGGGUGCCUGGAGAGGCAUUUCAAGACCUCGGAUAUUUUUUCUGGAUAGUGGCCUCGUUGGCUAUGUUCGCAGUAUUUUCUUUAGCGUUGGCAAAACGUGCUGACCUGAUGUAG